GCCGGCCGUCACCAUUCGCAUUCGCGCAGUUCAUUGAUGACGGAGCGGUUCUAACAAAGAUGGCGGGCGCAAUGUUGUUUGAGCGAGCUCAAUCCGUGUCAAAUCCAAACACAAACCUUUCUAUCAUCGGCGACGAUGAAGAAGAGGACAAAAUCCGUGAAAAGGAGCAAGAUAUCCUUGAAUUGGGCGAGCGUUACAAGAAAGAAGGCAAGGCCAACGAACUCGCUGACCUCAUCAAGGCCACAAGGCCCUUUCUGAGUCAGAUAAGUAAGGCUAAGGCUGCUAAACUUGUCCGCUCUUUGGUGGAUUUCUUCCUCGAUCUAGAAGCCGGUAUUGGUAUCGAAGUACAGCUAUGCAAGGAAUGUAUCGAAUGGGCCAAAGAAGAGCGGAGGACCUUCUUGAGACAGUCACUGGAGGCAAGACUCAUUGCACUCUAUUUCGACACUGGCAUGUUCGCAGAAGCCUUGCAAUUAGGCUCAAAUCUCCUCCGAGAACUGAAGAAGUUGGAUGACAAGAAUCUUCUGGUUGAAGUCCUCUUGUUAGAGAGUAAGACAUACCAUGCUCUCAGCAAUUUAUCGAAAGCUAGAGCAGCACUCACCUCUGCUCGGACCACUGCCAACUCCAUCUAUUGUCCUCCUAAAAUGCAAGCUGCACUUGAUCUCCAGUCUGGUAUCCUUCAUGCAGCUGAUGAAAGGGAUUUCAAGACUGCGUACUCAUAUUUCUAUGAGGCUUUUGAAGGCUAUGACAGUGUGGAGAGCUCAAAGACCCUUACUGCAUUGAAGUAUAUGUUGCUGUCAAAAAUCAUGCUGAACUCACCCGAAGACGUGCAACAAAUUGUCAGCGGCAAACUAGCUAUCAAGUAUGCUGGUAAGGACAUUGAAGCAAUGAAAGCAGUUGCACAAGCAAGUCACAAGAGGUCUUUGGCUGAUUUUCAACAAGCUCUCAAGAUGUAUCGCCCUGAGCUGGAAGAGGAUGUAAUUGUCUGUGCUCAUCUUGGCACUCUCUAUGAUAACAUGCUGGAGCAGAAUUUGUGCCGCAUCAUUGAGCCAUAUUCACGAGUUGAAGUUGAGCAUGUCGCCAAGUGCAUCAAGCUCCCCAUGGUGCAGGUUGAAAAGAAGCUUUCUCAGAUGAUUUUGGACAAGAAGUUCCAAGGAAUCUUAGAUCAGGGUGAAGGUGUUCUCAUUGUGUUUGAAGAGAGGCCUGUCGAUAAAACCUAUGAAAUGGCUCUUGAAACUAUUCACAGUAUGGGAAAAGUUGUGGAUACUUUAUAUCAGAAGGCAAAGAAGCUUACAUGAUUUUGAUCUUCAUAUUGUAAUCUAAUUAAAUCUGGUAUGCUAAGUAUUAAGCAGAACGUGAUAUAGACACUUUCGACUGGCAAAUUUUUUUGAUUAGGGGUACUUAUUUUUUACAUGAUGAAUCCUGCAUUGGUCAAGCUAUUUCUGGAAGACCUUUGCAUCUUACUUCUAAGCACUUUUUUCUGAAGAGGGAUUGUCGCAUGAUUAUAAUAGUUCAAUGCCUUUUGUUGGCCUAUUUAAUUUAACCUCCAUAUUGUGUUUUGUUUUGUUACUAACGUUGGUUAUAUGCUUAAAUUGCAUACCAGCCAGGAGGGUAUAAUUUAAUCAGGGUAAUUUUCAGUUUGUUGCACUCUUACAAGCAACUGCAUUAAAGCAUUUCGUCCCGAUUGUAGGUGAGGGAUGCAGUCAUGGUUAAACUAACUUCCAUUCAACGGCUCUGUAGCAUUUUUUUCAAACAUCUUGUCAACUGGUUAUUACAUACUUGUACAUACAUUAUUAACUCAUUCAUUUCCCCUAAAAAUUUGAGCAUUUAUCUUCAAGCUAAAAUUAAAUUAAACAUCUUUGUAUUGCCUUUGGAGUUAAGUCCCAAAGAUCUCCAUUCUCAACCGGAAAAAAAAUUGGAUUGUUAUGUGUUUGUUCUUUUUUUGUCUCUUUUUUGUCUAAUGUUCUAGUUGGUAUGUAUAUUCUACCUUCAGAUUGGAUAAAUGUUCAGUGCUAGGAUGUGAUGAUAUUGUGUUUGGUGAGAAAAUAAAUUAUAACAUUAUCUA